GCGGAGUUCACAGAGGCUUUCUUUCGUUGCCUCGAGUUAACUCCGCGUUGGAAAAAACAGCGGCAACAUGGAGAUGCUGACCGGUGGAUUUUUCUAAUCGCCCGUCGGUGUCAAUGACGAGCAGAAUUGCUAUAACAUCAAACUAUGGCAGGGAAGCUCGUCUGCAACGCUGCUUUAAAUCCUCGCGUCGCAUAGACAAUCCGCAUUGUUGAGGAAAUCAUAGUGACUGUAAACAGCAGUAAUGCGCGGGGCGGACAGCAGCGGCUCUGCCGUGAUUGUGCUCUGCCUGUUGGGAUGCGAUAUAUGGACGUCUGCCGCUAAAACCCUGCAGGAAAACAGCGAUGCCAAAGCAAACAAGAUUCUGCUCCAGCCAGGGGUGAUUCUGCUACAACAAGAUGUUAUUGCAGAGGUUCAUAGUUGUGAGAAGUGGCACUGAAGGUUCAUCUAAGUGACGCUAGCACUCAUCAGCCUCUCUCUGGUGUCACCGUGGAGAUCUUCACUAACCACACCCCUAUUGCCUCAGAUACCUCUGGUGCCGAUGGCAACGCCUUCAUCAGGUUUCCCUAUCGCCUUGGCGACCUUCUUGUAGUCACGGCAACCAAGCGUGGCUACGUACCCAACUCCAUCCCAUGGCGACCAAACAGGUUACCAGUCUUCUCAUCUCUAAGUCUGGAUCUGCUCCCGGAAAGAGCUGCUACUCUGAUGGUGUAUGAAGAUGUGGUGCAGAUCGUCUCUGGAUAUCAAGGAUCAAAACUGCAGCCGUGGGUGCAGUUCCAGAGAAGAGCAUUGAGUCUUCCUGCUAACGCAACCUAUACCAACCUGACAGCCUUUCUCACCGUGAGCAGUUCAUCCCAAGACACGCAGUACUUCCCUUAUCUGCAAGGUCUUCAUUCCAACUAUACAGGCAGCGAUCGAAAGUUUGAGUUGACUCCUAUAGCUGCUAUCAGUGUCCAUCUUUUGGGCAGUGAUGGGGCGGAGCUUCACGUCAGUGAGCCAAUCAGUGUGAGUGUACCUCUUCCUGCAGACAGUGACCUGAAAGAGAAUGACCACAUCCCAGUCUGGAGGUUUGACCCUAAACUGGGGGCCUGGCUGAAGAGCAGUCUGGGAUAUGUCCAUAGAGAGGGGAAACAGUUAACUCUCACAUAUAUCGCCCCUCAGCUUGGUUAUUGGGUGGCAGCCAUGUCUCCCAUAAAUACAGGUCCCGUGGUGGCAAAAGACAUAAGCACAUAUCACACAGUCUUCCUAUUGGCCAUAUUAGGAGGCAUGGCCCUGAUAUUGCUCUUCUUGUUCUGUAUGCUGCUCUAUUAUUGCAGGAGGAAGUGUUCCCGCUUACGGCCCGCCCAUAGGAAGUUUGAUCUGUCCUCCACUCUAGAUGCCUCUAAACGAGACCAGGCUACAUCUAUGUCCCACCUAAACCUCAUCAAUGAGACUCAUCUGGACCACAAUGGGGCGGAGCCAGACAUGCACACACCCAUGCUAAAACCCACCCCCUACGACUCCUCCAACAUCGAGUUGGCUGCUUCACGCGGUGAGCUUGCUAGCCGAGGAUCCAACCACUAUAAACGCUCGAUAGAAAUAUUUCCGCUUAAAUCAUCCUGUUCAAAUCAUCCUUCCGAGGGCUACGAUUCUCCUGCCGCACGUGGGGAAUACAGACGUAGCUACACCUCUGUCACAACUUCAUCUGUUCAUCCCCUUCACAUGUCCGUCUCGUCCUCAUCACCCCAUCCCUUACACCACACCGCCUCAGCGGGACGUCUGUCUUCAGAAAGUAAAUCAAGCCUGCGUGAUCCCCGUCUCUCUCCUGUUUCUGCCACAUCAACGAGCACUGCCGGAUCCCCGGAGAGGGAGCCGGGAAUCGAGCGGCGGCAGGUCGAUUAUAUGCUCUCUCGCUCCGUAGACAACCUGGAGCGUCCUGCCCCCCUUCCAAAACCCGGAGCUCUCCUCUGCUGUUCCUCUGAAAUAUACGUCAGCCAAGGAGAGGAGACUUAUCGCAAGGCCCGCCCCACGCUCCUCAUCCCCGCCCACUACAUGAGACUGCCCGGGACACACCCACUUUCCGGCCAGGCACUUCUUUUGCAAUCAGAUGUACAGAGCGAAUUGGAAAGCAUUCAGGCGGAGCUUAGCGCGUGUCAGGAUCAGGUGUCAAACGCAUGGGGUAAAGGAGAGCCGGGAGGAGAAACGCAAGGAGCGGAGGAAAACCAAGGAGGGGGAAUGGAGGAGUGGAGGUUGCAAACGGCAGCUCUUCCUGCAGAUCUCUCUAUACCCAGCUCGCUCAGUCAGGCAGGUCUAGAUGUCGUGCAGAUGAAUGGAGAAGAUCAGCUCUUAGCCGAAAAAACUUUGAUGGAACUUCGAGGAGGAAAGCCCCUCGCUCACCCAAGAGCUUGGUUCGUGUCAUUGGACGGUCGUUCCAAUGCGCACAUCCGCCAUUCCUACAUUGACCUGCAGAGGGCAGGAUGCAACAACAGUUGUGUUGGAAGCAACGAUGCCAGUCUGGACUCGGGGGUGGACAUGAGUGAUCUCACACCGGGACGGCGUGUUCGUGACAAUGCCAAACUUCGAAUUCGAGAAGGGCUCAAAUCUGAAAGUGAGGCUCAGGCAGCACAGUCUAUGGUCGCAUAUUCACCGUUGGUGGUUGUAGACGAUUCAAAUGCAAAUGCAAGUGGUAGCGAUAGCCCAACUCCAGUAUGUAGCCCUGAAGAAAACUCUGUUGCACCUUUGCUUCAGGAAAAAGAGAAAGAAGAGGAAGUUGAAGAGAUCCCAUCACCCCCAUCUCCAAAUUUUCUUCCACCGCUUCCUUCACCACCUCCUCUCCCAGAUCCCAUAGAUGAGACGGCAGAGGAGACCGGGACACUUAGUGAAGUUUAUAGGACUGAGGAUGCUCAAAUGCACACGAGCAGUAGCCGCCCAAACAACCUGGCCGUCCCCGAUGACACCGGUGAAGACGAGAACAAGAAGAGUCCUUGGCAAAAACGAGAAGAGAGACCAUUAAUGUCGUUUAACCUAAAAUGACACAACAUUUGUGUGCUUCGCUCGUGGUCCAUCGCUAGACUAUUGUAUGGAGUUGCCUUAUGAGCGCAGGUCUAUGUGCGGCUCUUUACCUGUGGGAACGAAAGCCAAGCAAGCCAUAGCACAACUUAUUUUGUGAGGAAGAAACGUAAAACACCAUUAUAUACGAAGACUUCAAUGCACAACUGCUUUGGCUUUUCUACGAACAGAAAUUGGAGCAAAAAACGCCAUUUGUAUUGGUGGAAUGUUGAUUAAGCUUUAUGAAAUGCUGCUGUUUUUAAGCAAUAUGACAUCUAGUGGCGGGAAUGUGUACUUCCCAGCACUUAUUAUGGGGCUGACUGGUGGAUUGUCUUCCACGUCUUAAUAGAUUGUUAAACGUGACAGCAAUGCGGUCAAUUGGUCUACAAUGUUUUCUUAUUUUUGCUUUUGUUGGUAGAUGCAGCUGAAGCUUGUGAGACCAAAUACGUUUGUGUAAUGCAACAUUAGUUCCUGUCAUUCACUAAUUAUGGCUGCAUUGAGCACAGAUUUACAAAUGUACCUUUCCUCGAAUCAAUGGAUGCCAUCACAGUAGGACUUUGCAAUAUGAAGCUACCAUGCUAGUGUGCUUCAGACAAGCAGAACUGCCUUGAUGAAAAACUAUGCAUUGCUUUAAACUGAAGAAUUGUGUAGCUUUAGGUGCAUCUUUAUUUUAACCACUGUAUUUUUAUGUAUUGUUCAGCUAAUUUGGUGAAUACUUUAUUCAAUUUUUUAUUUUUGAAUUAGUAUGUGAGUGAAGUGGACUGCACAUGGCUACACAGAGCUAUAUAUUCACAUACAAACACGCGUUUUAAUCAAGCCACCAGCUUUUCUUUCCCAAACUGUCCUUUCUGUCUUAAGUGCCUUUUACUAGCAAUCAUUUAAAUCCAGCAUUGUUUCUUUGUCUUGUUAGUCAGCCAUAUAUUUUGAUGUUUUUCACAUUAUAUUGACUCCAUGUAGCAAACCCCUCCUCUCACUGAUCACUGUGCAUUUUAACGUUAAAUCUGGGUAUUAGUUCAGUGUAUCUGUCUAACGACUGAUAUCUGGUUUUAUUUUUGACGUGUAUGUCUGUAUAUAUUCAUUCUCCCAGUUGUUAUGCUUGUGUGAGUGUUUCUGUGCGUCUUUUAUAGACAUGCUAUGCAGUGUGUAUGUACUUGUGUAGGACUGAAAGCAGUGUGUCAUUUGAAAGCUGUUGGCUUUGUUGCCAGGGUAACCACUAGUUAAGUAUGCUUAUGUCACUUAGCUCAACAAUCGUUUUUUGAAUGUCUGGACUGGUUGCUUGUAAUAUAAUUCAAGCAUAUUAUCCCAAUAAAGCCAAAAAACUAAGCAACA